AUGAGACGAAUCUCAACCUCCUCCUCCGUCACCAUCACCGACCCGUUGGUCAAGUAUCAGAGCCUUCUGGCCACAGGACUAUGUUCUCCGGAUCCUGCUCAACAUCGCCUCGCCAUCCAUCUUCAGAAAAUCUACCUUCGUCUGAAAGACUACUCGCCGUCCACCGAGUAUGCCGCGAGACUAAAAACCAUCAAAGAUGCGCUAGAAGAGUCUAAGCCGGCGCAGGUUGAUGAAUCAACUGUGCUCGCCGUCCCCAGCCAUCCAAUUCGCCGGAACCCUUUCUUUGCUCGCUUCUUUGCGCGCACUGAGCCCAAGGGCAGCCUGGCCCUGACAAAGGUGCUUACGGGGCAUGAGGCUGCUAUCAACAUCAACUCGCCUCAGGGGCUCUUCCUUUCCGGUGAGGUUGGGACAGGCAAGUCUAUGUUACUAGACCUUCUGGCAGACGGCCUGCCCACAAAACGCAAGAAGAGAUGGCACUUCAACACUUUCAUGCUCCAUGCGCUUUCUCAGCUCGAGCUGUACCGAAAAUCGCAUCAACAAUUGGGCACCGACAGCCAGCAAUACUCGCUUCUCUGGAUGGCGAAAGAAAUGGUGGAAACAUCGCCCAUCCUGUUCCUGGACGAAUUUCAACUGCCCGACAGAGCAGCAAGCAAGAUCUUGAGCAAUCUGUUCACAGCAUUUUUCCAACUUGGUGGCGUUCUGGUCGCCUCGUCUAACCGAAUGCCUGAAGAGCUCGAAAAGGCCACCGGCUUCGAGUACAUCCCCCCGGCUCCCGGCGGGAUACUUGGCAGGGCCUUGGGACUCUCUCCGAAAAGGGGAAGAGGCGAAUUAUUCGGUUCUUCAAGCGACUUUGCCUCGUUUCUCGAGGUGCUGAAAGCGAGAUGCGAGUUUUGGCAAAUGGAGGGUGCUAAAGAUUGGCGAAGGCGGGAAGCUGGAGAGGAGAAACCCAGUGCACCGCUCAACUUAUCUGGCACACCCAUGGAAGCUGACGCAGUAGGUGCCACCAGGGAGACGUUGGAUAACGUUGUUCGUUCUGAAGUUGCCGACCAACCUAGCACCACGACAACUCCAAUGAAUUAUCUUCUCCUUCAACCGACAGAUCACGACUCUUGGGAUAAUGCACUCAGAGCUGUUCAUUUGUCUGAGAAGUCUACUCAUUGGACUCCGUCAAGAAUAACCGUCUAUGGUCGGACGGUGACUAUCCCUCAGCAACAUAACGGCGUGGCCUACUGGAAGUUUUCCGACCUCGUAUCAAAUUAUGGGCCGGCGGAUUACAUAACCAUGGCCUCGACCUUUCACACUUUUAUUAUUGAUGGGAUUCCGGUUCUUUCCGUAUCAAAGAAGAACGAAGCACGGCGACUUAUUACUUUGCUUGAUGCUCUCUACGAGGCACGCUGCAAACUCAUUGUCCGCGCUGAGGUUGGGCCCGAUGAUCUCUUCUUCCCAGAGACGAAAGUCAGACUUGGCCCUGGUCAAAGGGGAGCUGGAGGGUCAGACAGUAUUGACGUCGAUGCCAUGCUUCCAGAAACUAUCGCCGAAGUUUACCAAGAUCAAACAUCGCCUUUCCGGCCCAAUAUCUCAACGUACAUGGAUCCAGUCAAUGAUCCAGCCAAUACGGCUUAUGAUCCAGAUGCCGACUCUGAUUUCGGGGUCGAGCAGAAGUCGCCUAGGCUUAAGCCAGACUUCACCAACACGGGCGCUUUCACUGGGGAGGAUGAGCGCUUCGCUUACAAGCGUGCCGCAAGUCGGCUCUGGGAAUUGUGCGGUGCGCGCUGGCAUGCAAGGACUGGUGAUUGGUGGUGCCCAUUACCCAUCGAGUCCAGGCACUGGGAAGGCGGUCUGGCGUCACGGCCUUUGAACAGCCAAACCCUUACCAAACGCCAAGCUAAAGGGGAUGUAGCCAUGGGAGAGAGUAUAGAGCUGGACGAACCUGCUGGGCUACAGAGGCUGAGGGUUGAACACUUCAAGAACACCAUCCUGGGUGAAGGACAGUGGCAUAGGAAGGAUAACGAGAGAGCUGGAGACAGGUUUGCAAGGAGUAAGGGCCAGUCCAAUGACGGAUUUGAAUAA